AUGCAGGUGAUAUUCUUUUUUUCUUUUCUGUUUUUUUAACCUGUUUUUUCUACAGUACUAUUCGGAAGUUGCAUUUUUCAUCGAAUUCACAAUUUUCAUGCGGUUACGAAAAUACGGUGGAAUCAAUUAUUUAUUUGAGCCAAAUGAAAAACUAGUUGGAAUUGUUCCAAGAUGUGUAUCUGGGUUUCAUUAUUAUAUCAAGGUACACAAAAACGGGUGCACAAGCGGUUUGUUUGACCGAUACUCAAAUGCCCGUGAUGUUUAUGUCGUUUCAAAUUUUAAAAUGUUCAGAUCGUUGUAUAUAUUGGAUAUUUACUAUUUGCAACAAAUCGAUUGUCAUCCGCUAUUAAUAUUUCAGCCUAUAACAGUGUGAAUAUUUCUGUAUGCGUUUUGUUUUCAUUUUUUGGUUCCAUUUUUUCAACACUUUCUUUGUAGUUAGAUUUUCACAAUUGUGAAUAGAUUUAGAUGACUUCUUUUGUCUAAAUAGGAAUAGAACAAACAAGUUUGCGGAUUUGUUAGGAAUAUUUUCAAAUUUUCCUGACAUGAGUUCAAAAUUAGAUCACUUGUUUUUUAUCUAAUCUUAAGUCGAAAAUUAUUAUUCAAGACAAUUUUUUGAUUUUUCACAAAAUUUCAGCGAAGCUUGGUUUGAACAAUUUUAUCUAGUUUUUGUAAUUCCAAAAUCCGCAAACUGAAACUAUUAACGACAACUCAUCUAAACAAUUUGAUAUUUCAGUUAUGGACACCAUCUCUGAUGAAAAAAAUAGUAUUGAUCAAAUGGAUUCUCCCAAUAUUUUUCGUUUUACCAACCCAUGCUUGGCCAUAUUUUGAAUACUGGUUUAUUGUAACAUCUUCAAGUAUCCGACUAGCCAACGACGAAGAAUCAACAGCUCUCGUCGCCUAUGUUGAUGGAAUCUGGUGUCUUUCAACAUGCAUUUAUUGUAUGAUCUGUUAUUUGGUCACAUGUAUUCUGAUUCGAAAAAAUUGGAAGCGUGUCAAUACUGAUUCCGUGAGUAAAACACGAUUUGUACAUUUUUUUGCAAAUGGGUUAUGUUAUUACACAUUUUAUGUGAUUGGUUUUUGUUCUUUUUAAUGUAAUGAACACUAGAUUUUUGUAGAAAGACUAGAAAUUAGAACACUGUUUGUUGCAUGAUAGAUUUUAUCACGAGUAUUAACUUUAGGCUUUAAAGAAAACAUUGGCACAAGCAUCUGCAGAACGAAGUUUGUUAAUAUCUGCCAUUUUAUCCUUCAUUGUCCUAACUCUGAAUACUGUUGUUCAAGUGGUAACAAUUGUUAAUUCUUGGGGUGGAAUGCAAGAUCUUUUGUUUAUCCAAGAUUUAUCGUGAGUAAAAACGUUUAACCAUAUUUUCGAAAAAAAGAUACUGUUUUCCAGAUAUCCGAUGAUUGAUCUAAUGUAUUCACAUUUCCCAUGGGCAUUAUUAUCAACGUCAUCUGUUAUGAGAAAACAUUUGACGUAUGAUAUCAAACAAUUUUUAAGAACGUGAGUUUAUCAAGUUAACUGGUGUGAUGAGUUUAUAUUCAGAACUCUCAAGCUGGAUGACGCAUCUGUAAAUAUCAUUCGUGUUGGACCAACAACCUCACCCAUGACACGAAUGACAACAAUGCGAGCAUCAAUCAAAUGA